AUCGGGAAAUUGGUUCCGUUUUUUAGCAACAAUAACUGUGUACAUCGUUUCCAUAUUAUCUAUAUUGUUUAUAUUUGACCAACUAAAAUCGAACAUUUGGAUUGGCAUUACGUAACCGCAGACGCAGAUUCUAAUAGAGUCACAGACGCGUUCGAACAUAACAUAUAAAGUUCUCCUCGUUUUUCAAAAAAUGGCAGAGCAUGAUUCAGAGUGGUAUUUCGGUUCACGUUUGUCAACUAAUGGAGAUUCUUUAAGAACUAUAGCAGAAAAGUCAAAUAGCGAAGUUUAUCAUGAUGCAAAAGAUACGGAAGAAACGAAUUUUUUAAAAAAUAUCUCAGAUUCUGAUUCUGCUUAUAAAUCUUUCACACAGAUAGAUUAUACUCGCUCGUCGUCUUCCUCUGAUUCUGACGAGUUUUCUGACGAGGAAAGUUAUAGUUCAAGUGAAGAAUCAAUAAUCGAUCUUGAAAAGUUGAGACGUGAGCAAGUCAGGCUUACUUUGCUUAAAAAAAUAUCAGAUAAUAGCACGCCUGAAUUAAAUAAGGGGAAGAUGCCUGAGAAAGUCAAAAAAUCGAAUGGCUCAUCAAAUGCAUCUAUGUUCACAUCGAAUGGAUCUAUGUUCACGUCAAUGUCGGAUCACUUGGAAUAUGAAGAACAACCAUACUAUUAUUUAAAUUCACAGCCAUGCCCGUUGGGUGUUCCUGAUAAACUCGCUGUUCAAAUGUUAAAGGUCAAAAAGAAUAAACCUCCAACUAGGGAAUUUUCGCCCCCAGUGUCUCUUGUGGUUGACGGAUCUCCUUGGAUCCCUGAAAUAAAACGAACAAAACUUCCAAUUGAAUCACGUAGGGAGGAUAUUAUUAGUAUUAUCCGAGAAAACAGAGUAAUCGUGUUAAGUGGAAGUACGGGUUGUGGGAAGUCAACACAAGUACCACAAUACAUAUUGGAUGAUUGUUUACAAAGACGCGUUCCAGUAAAUAUAAUCUGUACACAACCGCGUCGUAUAGCAGCCACUUCUCUUGCACAUCGUGUCGCAUCCGAACGGGGAACUCCACUUCAUGGUCAGGUGGGAUAUCAUAUUGGAGGUAAAGGAGGUUUUUCUGCAUCUACCAGAUUGCGCUACGUUACGACAGGGAUUCUAUUAGAAAUGUUGAAAGCAGAUCGAUAUUUAAACUCUUAUACUCAUGUUAUUAUGGAUGAGAUUCAUGAGCGUAAUGUUGAUGAUGAUUUAAUGAUGGCGCAUCUUUGUGUUAUAUUAAGAGAAAAUCCAUCAUUGAAGUUGAUUAUUAUGUCAGCUACCAUGAACGUACAAAAGUUCACAAGAUAUUUUUGUGAAUUCGAAACUGAAAAUGAUGGGUUUGUUUCGCAAAUUCCUUGGAUUGAUAUUCCUGCAAAAACUUUUCCAGUUGAUGUUUUUUAUCUAGAAGAUGUUUGUCAAGGGAUGGAUACAUACGAAUCAUAUCAGAAGAUUGUAUUGAAUGAUCCUAAAAAGCCAUCUAUGAUGCAAGAACGUCGUGAUCUUUUUAUAAGCUGGAUACUUCGAUGUCACAUUGAUUCACCGGUUGAGGACGCGUUUCUUGUUUUUGUACCGGGAAUUGCCCUAAUCGCUGAAAUGGAGGAUCAAUUAAUGAUACUUGGUGAACAGCAGCGGAUGUCGGCUCAUUCUUUUCCGGAUUUCAUGAUCAUUAAACUACAUUCAACCGUCACUAUUGAUGAACAAUGUUUGAUUAUGCAACGUCCUCGAAAUGGUUGCCGAAAAAUUAUUUUGGCAACAAACGUUGCCGAGAGUUCGAUUACGGUACCAGAUGUGAAAAUAAUAUUCGACAGCUGUUUGCGUAAAGACGUGCAUUAUGAUAAGACAGCACGAUCUUAUAGUUUGAACGAACAGUGGAUAAGUAAAGAUUGUGCCGAACAGCGAAGAGGCAGAGCGGGAAGAGUAGGACCGGGAGUGAUUUAUCGAUUCGUAACGAAACAAUUUUUUGAUAGUUUAAGUAAUGAAAGGAACCCAGAAAUUAAGAGAACGCCUCUUAAUUCUUUGCUUUUGAGAUCUAUUUAUGCAAAUCUCGGCGAUCCUCGUGAAUUAUUAUCACACUGUCUUGAUCCUCCGGAUGAUACUGCUGUGGACUAUGCAAUUGAAGAUUUGGAAGCAACCGGUGCUGUUAUUAAAUCUAGUAAGAUAUCCAAGGAAGUAGAUGAUUGGGUUCAAGGAAGCGUGUUAUCAUGUGAGUAUGAAGUUACUCGACUUGGAACAGUCCUUGCACAAUUACCGUUGGAUCUUCAUUCUGGAUUAUUAGUCGUAUAUGGUACUAUUUUUGGUUCAUUAUACGAUGCUAUGAUUAUUGCUGCGAUAUUACAAAAUCGAGGGGCAAUAGUUCAACCACUAAAUCAAGAGAUACAGAUUAGCGCGGCAAUGAGUCGCUUUUCUCGUAACUUACCGGAUGAUUUUCCUAUACAGGGUGGUUCAGAUUUAAUAUCUCAUCUACGUGGCUAUUUGUAUUGGGAAGAAACAACACAACACGAUAGUAAAUUCGAUUUAUCUAAAGAAUUAUCAUGGUGUCAAAAUCAAUUUCUUAGUUUAUAUUGGAUGAGAGAGAUACAAGAUUUGGUAAUAUCAAUCCGAGAGUCAUUAGCUUAUAUAGGCGUUUGUUCUCCGCCAGCUAAGGAAGAAAGAGAUAAGAUACGCAGAAAUCGUAAUAUAAUAAAUGAGUUUGAAUUAGAUGAAGAAAUUGAGAGCGAUAAUAUUGAUCAGGCGAUUAAAAUCUUGGAUAUUGCAGCGUAUGAUGAAACCCCCAAUUUGAUUAAAUUUGACGAAAUCAGUGAGAUUCAAGAACAGCCUCUAAUUAAUACCUACAGAACUAGGUCACAUUAUCAAACAAAGCCAGGUACGCCUAUUCAUCAAAUACCAGAUCAUGUACGGGCACUUUUAAAUCCUUGGACAAACGUAUUUGAUCGAACAUAUGAAAUAUCUUCAAGACCCGUUAAGCUAAAUAGAGAACCAAAUGUUACUUUGCUGACAAUUUUAUUGACGGCAGCUUUUCAUCAAAACUUAUUUCGCGUUACUCCAAGUCAGGACAAUCGUGUCUUCAAAGAUUGCCCGAAAGAUUUUAACCGAAAUCAUACAGUUGAAUUCUCGGCUCAGAUUCUUCCGCCAAAAGAAGUCAUAAUAGAAGCAUUACAAAAAGAUAUUGGUUUCGUACAUAAAAUAGUUCAUCCCAGCACUGAAUCAUCAGAAACACAAGGGGAAUCUGAAUCUUGUUAUAUUGAAUUUGUAAAGCCUGUAAAACCUAUAUGGACACAUUCUCGUGAUAGAAAUAAACCGACAUUACCGGAUGCCGCUUUUUUGGCACAAAAAUUAAGAACUGUCAAAAAUGGUAUUUGGGCUGAGGGAUUAAGUAAUUCUACUGGACACACAUUAUAUUCGGAAGAUGCAAAAAAAUUACGGUUUUCAGGAAUUUUUGGAUGUUCAGAAACUGCUACUGGGCUUUCUCCGAUAUUUCGUUCAAAGUCAUCAAGAGUUUAUCCGUCCAAAACAUCUCUGUUUUUCCCACUGAUCAUUGAUAGUAGUGAUAAUAAACGUUAUUCAAUAUGCGCCGGAAAAUUAUUAGCUGUAGAUUAUGGUCAUUCACAUGUUGCAGAACAUAUUACGUGCCUAAUAGGACCUUUACGAGCUAGAAAUAAUGUUGGUGACGCGAUUCUCGCUUUUUUCGCGAAUAAAGUUGAAAAUGAUGACGUGAUUGGUGGAUGGCAUGUACAAAUAAAUUUGACUCAAUAUCCAUUGUUUCAUUCCCGACCUUCAGAGGUUGAUUUAGAUUUAAUUCAUACUGUCAGAUAUUUUUUAAGGCAAGCAUUGUUUGAAACUAAACCAGUAAAUUCUAAUUCAGAUGAUAAUUGUGAUUAUAUGUCCUUGGCAAAUUUGACACGUAAAGAGAUGGUUAAGAUUUGGAGCCAGUGUAAAAUGACUGCGGAUCAGGCUGGGAAAUUAUUGGUAGCUUCAGUGUUAAUAAUUCUCUAAAUUAAUAUAUUUUUAUGAAUAUUUUUUAUUUUUUUUGUAAUUCUUUUUUGUAAUUCUU